AUGGUGGAAUGGACCGCUCUACUCACACUUGGUUCCUGUGAUGACUCCUUUCCCCCUUUGGACCGGCACAGCUCCCAACGUGGCACCAGCCUAUGUACCGACUUGGAUGUGGCUUCCUCUCCCACUCACACAGGUCUGGCCAUUCUUGACCAAGUGGAGGCUAGACUCAGUCUUGAAGAGGAAAAACUUAGAGCAAGUGAUCAUAUUCUUAGCGAGUACAGAAACAAUAUGUCAAUUGCAUAUGUGUUGUUUAUAUUGGAUGAAAUAAGGAAGUGGUCAGUGGAGGAAGGAAAGGCCACCACCGGCGGAGGGUUGGACUUGGGCAUUCUCUUUGGGUUGGGCCCCGGUUUGACUGUUGAGACAGUUGUACGUGUUACACAGUGUCCCGAUGGAGCCACCUAA